AUGAGCAAAUCUCUUGAGGAACGUCUGCGCAUAAAUUCAAGCGCCUUCGAUGGCCUGCUGUCACUAAUACCGGCAAAGUACUAUUAUGACGAUAAGACGCAAGACCAGUGGAAGCAGAAGAAAAAGAGUAAGGAGCAAUCGAAGCUAGACAAGCGUCGCAAAUUGGACCCAGAGCUGCAAAACGAAGACUCCGCAUCAGCGCUCGAAAUCAAGGCUCAAAGAGAGCUUAACGGGAAACCCGUUGUGCUUCCAGGCGCUAAAGUGAUGCCACAGACAAGCGACAGUGAAGAAGCAGAAGAAGAAAACGACGAAGAAGACGAAGAAGACGAAGAGGAAGCACAAGAAAAUGAGGAAGAAAGUGGAUCGGAAGAACAAGAAGAAAAUGCAUCGCAAAAACCAGCUACUUCUAAUUCCAACGUUACAACGAAGCCCGAAAAUCUCCAAAACUCUAAAACCGCAUCAGAGGACGAAGAAGCGAUAGACGUGGUAUUUGACGACCAAGGGAACGAAGUGAGUGCGCAGACUGACCUGCCUGCAAACAACGGCUCCAGUAAUACCAAACAAGACGCUCCAAAACCUGACAGAAAAGAAAAUCUAGCAAAACUUCGCGCCAAACUGCAGGAAAAAAUACAAUCUCUGAAAGAAAAACGCAGAGCACCUGGAACCCAUGUAACGGGUGCUCCUAGCUCGCGAGAAGCCAUCCUGGAGCAACGUAAACGUAAGCAAGAGCAGAAAAGGAAACGGGCAGAGCUGGACAAGGUCAAGCAGGAUGAAUCAAGCGAGAAUGAGUCUUCCGACAGUGAGGAGGACGAGGAAGAGAACCUUAGUGUACAGCCAAAGAAGAGAAAGACCAGUAGCGGCGAGGAUCUAACUGCGGACCUCAUGUUCCAGAAUAUCGAAUUCGACGAUGGCGAUCGUGCAACCUCCGACCUACAGCGUCUGCGGAAAGCUGGUAGCAAGAAGGGACCGGCUAAGAAUGAUAUAAAAGCUCAUCUGCUGGCCUCAGAACAGAGACGAGCUAAAUUAGAAGCAAAGGACGAACUCGAACAGAUAAAACAAAAGGAAAAAGAUAAGUGGCAGCGUGCAAUGCUUCAAGCAGAGGGUGAAAAAAUGAAAAACGACGAAAAACUACUACGCAAGGCCCUGAAGCGCAAAGAAGCCAAGAAACGCAAAUCUGCAGUUGAAUGGCGCGAACGUAAAGAAACCGUUGCUACUGCCAUAUCGGACAAACAGAAGAGACGGGAGGAAAAUCUGCAGAUACGGAAGGAUAACAAGGGAAAGAAGAGAUCGCACCAGGAGAAGAUGAAGCGUGGCAUAAAGGGUGUAAGGCCCAAACGCGCAGGCUUCGAAGGACGUCUCAAGAGUCAGAAGAAACGUUAG